AUGUCUGACGAAAUAUGUGAUAUUUGUAAUGAUCGUGCAACAGGGAAACACUAUGGAGCGGUCUCAUGUGAUGGCUGUAAAGGUUUCUUUCGAAGAAGUAUUCGGAAACGUCAUGAUUAUGUAUGUAGAUUUGAUAGAUGCUGUGAUGUAACUCGUAACCAGCGAAAUGCCUGUCGGUCAUGUCGUUUGCAGAAAUGUUUGAAAGCCGGCAUGAAGCAAAGUGCUAUUCAAAGUGAACGCGACACUAUUGGAAAACGAAAAAAGUUAGAUGAAGCUGAAGAUGACGAAGUUCUCCUCAAUAGUUUGAUUCGAUCUGAGAAUCUCUGUCAGCAACUGCGUUCUUCAGUUAUCAAAAGUACGGAGCAGGCGUCCUAUGACUGUGGCAAAGUUAAAUGUUGGAAGAAUGAGGAUGACAGAAGGGCAACUUUGGAUGAUGUUGGAAAGAGCAUACAUCAACAACUCGUUCUCCUUGUGGAAUGGGCAAAAUCGUUGCCUCAAUUUGGACGUUUUCCCGCACAAGAUCAAGCUGCCCUGUUAAAAGCUACAGCCGCCCAAAUGAUUAUACUUGGAGUUGCAUAUAGAUCUCGAGAACUGAACGAAAUGAUAUGCUUAGCCAACGAUACGCUAAUUCCCAAAGAUCAUGCUGCUAAUAUUGGAGAUAUAAACUGCGUAGUAGGACGAAUAAUUGAUGAGUUAGUUGUCCCUAUGAGGCGACUAUCAGUUGAUAUAUACGAGUAUGUGGCAUUGAAAGCUAUUCUAUUCUUCAAUCCCGUUGCAAGAGGAGUAUCACAACCAGAAGCAGUGGAGAAAGCCCGAAUCGCUUGUAUGGAUGCUCUUCAAAAACGAUGCCAGAAAUCAACUCAUCCCUCUGAAUGCCGUAAUGGCCGGCUUUUAUUACUUUUGCCUUCUUUACAAGCAGUUUCGCAGCAAAUGGUGGAAGAUGUUCAAUUGGCGAGGUUGUUUGGCUUAGCAAAUGUGGAUUCCUUGAUGCAAGAAUUGAUAUUACACGAUGAAAGUUCGAAUAAUAUCGUUCCUCUACAAUCCCUCUCUUCUCCUCUUGUUAUUAAGAAUGAUCUCCUGUGA